AAAUCUACCCGCCAAAUCGAUCCUCUUGCCGGUUUUUCGAUAAUAUUUAAAUGUAAUCGAUUUCAUAUUACAAAAAGUGGCAACGCUGGUUAGACUGCGCAUCAAAUUAAAAAGGAGACAAAUUAAUUAAUAAUUGAAAUGGAUUUUAAACAUUCCCAGUCAUCAAAUGACGAUCCAGAGAGCAACGCCCUGCACCAACUAAGAAGCCCCCGUAAACAUUUUGAAUGUUUCACAGAACCGCGCCGAAUUGAGGAGCUCCUAAAAUCGCCACUGCAUUUCAAAGAAGUCGCAAACUGCCCAUCUAAAUCGCUGAAUGCUGUUGGCUCCGCAUCGAAAGGUAUUUGUAUGCAACCACGAUCUACAAAGGAGUUAAAACAGUCUCCGCUGCACCUUGUGUCGAAGCAGUUGCAAACAAGAUCUGCAUCAAAAUCGACGGAUUUUCUCAGUCCUUACACGCAUCCAAAGGAAUGUGGCCGUCCAUUUGGACGUAAGCUAGAUUUUACCAAGGAGAUUUUGAUGCAAAUGGAGACUCGCAUCGUAUCGUAUCUACGGAAUUUAAAGGACUUUCAAACGAUGGUAAAACCAGGCCUGCAAAAAGUGAGCCUAAACGACUUCAUGCAUAUUCUUAGUCAUUUGAUAAGAUUCACAGGUAUUCGGCUAAAACCGUUCGACAGGGACAAUCAAAUAGAGCAGUCGAUCCUGGCUAUGCGUCAGCUGAAAUAUCCAUAUAAAGUGAAUAAAUCUUGGAUGUUGGUGCCCAGUGCAUCAUUCCAAAAUGUUCUAUUGAUGUUUGAUUUUCUUUUGGACUUUGCACCACAAGCAAAUGAAUCUUUAGCCUUUAAUAAAAAUGAGCUAUCUGAUGAAACAGACAUGCGGCUGAAGCAGGAACUUAUGGAUAUAGAGAGUCAGCUAUUAGAACAAGCCCAAGCAAAUCAUUCAAUCAGCCAACAGUUGGACCACAAGUUGCGAUUUGAAGCCGAAAUACAAGCUCAACUAAAUGGAGCACAAGAAAAGUUAAAUGCUUUGAAUCAGAAAAGUGCGAAACAUGAACUGAACAUGGGCCGACUGUGCCUUCAAAUAUGGCGGAGCGAGAAGCAGCGGGAAGAAUUAAAAAACCGAUUAAGCCAGGAGUUUAGCAGUUACCAAGCAUAUGGUCAUAUAUUGGAAGAAUUUAACAAUCAACGGCUACUUCAUUGUAUUAAAGCUCAAGAGCUAUCUGAGCGAACGUCCAAAGAGCUUCAAAGUAAAUUUGGAAAUUUCAAUCUCCACUUACAUAAGAUUUUUGGAAACCAUUUCAACUGGUUCAAAUUGCCCUUGGCGCCCACUUUAUCUGAAAUUCGAACCACUCAGCUUCAACUAAAACAGCUACGACAGCAAAUUGAAUUUUCUAAGCAUACCCCAACACUAGGCAACGCAAGACCGCCAUUAAAUAUAUAAUAUUGCUACGUGGAACAUACGGAUUUAGCAAACAUCAUUUUGUUGCUUGUUGUCUGUUUAAGUAUAUCUAAUCUUAAAUGGUAAUGAAUAAAAUUGCAUGAUAUAUAUAUCCCUAUGACAUAAGACA